CUGCUCCCGGACCGCGCGACUGCUUUGUGAUGAGGCUGUGGCUCAGUCAGUCCCUGCAGCGGAGCUGAGCGGAGAGGAGCGGGAUGGAGCUGCGCGUCUGACCGGGGCUCUGCUUCUUCUUCUCUCCGCCAUGACUUCGUCUCCCCUCCGAGCUGCUUGUCUCACAGCGGAGGAAUUCCCCUCUCAAUAACGGGUCGCGGCGGCCAGUUGCCGCUUCUCCUCUCAUCACCUGCGCGUUGCUUCUUCUUUUUCUUCUUCUUCUUUUUUUUUUUUUUUGCGCGGACCAUCCCGAAGCGGACCCGAGACGGGAGGCUUUCGGUCCGGGACAAAAGUUACCCGUGUGGGAUGUUUGAACUCCGGCUCUCGUCCAGGAUGCUGCCCGGGGAGCUUGAUGCUGCUGGUUGCGCAGAUUUCUCCCCAUAGCUGCGAACUCCUUUUGGAUAACAGGGUCGCCGCUGCUGAACAGCCUCGCUGUCCCUCCCACGGUGUGGAUGCUCUGAGGACUGUCAGACAGCAGCCUGGUCUACCUAUGAAGCAUCUCAGCGCAUGAUGGAGAGCAGCCUGCGUUUGGUUCCUGUGCUGUUUUUGUUUGCUCUGGAAACUUUGGCGUCUGGAUCUCGCCCCAGGCUGGAGGAUGCUGCGCCGCGGAUCGUCGAGCAUCCGUCCGAUUUGAUCGUGUCCAAGGGAGAACCGGCGACCCUCAACUGCAAGGCCGAGGGGCGGCCCACGCCCACCGUGGAGUGGUACAAGGACGGGGAGCGGGUGGAGACGGAUCGAGAGGACCCUCGCUCCCACCGCAUGCUGCUGCCCACCGGCUCGCUCUUCUUCCUGCGGAUCGUCCACGGGCGGCGGAGCAAACCAGACGAAGGCGUCUACGUCUGCGUGGCGCGCAACUACCUGGGCGAGGCCGUCAGCCGCAACGCGUCGCUGGAGGUGGCGAUCCUGAGAGACGACUUCCGUCAGACACCCAGCGAUGUGGUGGUGGCUGCAGGCGAGCCCGCUGUCAUGGAGUGCAUCCCACCCAGAGGCCAUCCUGAACCCACCAUCUCCUGGAAGAGAAACAACAUCCGAGUCAACGAUCGCGAUGAAAGGAUCACUAUCCGAGGAGGAAAGCUGAUGAUUUCGAACACCAGAAAGAGCGAUGCUGGCAUGUACGUGUGCGUGGGAACAAACAUGGUUGGCGAGAAAGACAGCGAUCCAGCUGAGCUCGUCGUAUUUGAGAGGCCUGUCUUCACCAAACAACCAGUGAACCAGGUGGUGUUGGCCGAUGACACGGUGGAGUUCUUCUGCGAGGUACAUGGAGAUCCCACCCCGACUGUCCGCUGGCGGAGGGAAGAGGGAGAGUUGCCCCGGGGCAGGUUUGAGAUCCGCGGCGACAACAGCCUCCGUCUGAGCCAGGUGCGAGCCGAGGAUGAGGGCACCUACACCUGUGUUUCAGAGAACAGCGUGGGCAAAGCGGAGGCCUCUGGGACCCUCCACGUACACGUUCCUCCUCAGAUCGUCGUCCGGCCGAGGGACCAGAUCACAGCUCCGGGUCGGACCGUGACCUUCCUCUGUGGCACUAAGGGGAACCCUCCGCCUGCAGUCUUCUGGCAAAAAGAAGGCAGCCAGAUCCUGCUGUUCCCCAUCCAGGAGCCUUCUCAGGCAAGUCGUUUCUCUGUGUCUCUGAGCGGCGAGCUCACCAUCGCCGACGUGCAAGUGGAAGACUCUGGCUACUACAUCUGCCAGGCCAUCAGCGUGGCCGGCAGCAUCCUCACGAAAGCCCUGCUGGAGGUGGAAAGUGCUCCCUCAGACAGGGUCCCUCCCAUCAUCCGACAGGGGCCAGGCAAUCACACUCUGGCUCCCGGUUCGACCGCUCAGCUGCACUGCCACGUCUUGGGCAACCCCAUCCCCAGCAUUCAAUGGGAGAAGGAUGGCCAGAGGAUUCUGGGAAACGACGGGCGAGUCAGCCUGAUGGAAAACGGCACCUUUCAGAUCACCCGCCUCCAGGAAACGGAUUCUGGAGUUUACACCUGCCUGGCUUCCAGCUCCAGCGGAGAGACGAGCUGGAGUGGCGUGCUCACAGUCAAAGAGAGCGCCGACACGUCGGCCGCUCAGGCCACCGAGCCCUUCCAGCUGCCGGGUCCGCCCCACAAGCCCAUCGUCACAGACGUGUCCAAGAACAGCGUCUCUCUGACCUGGCAACCCAACGCUCACGAGGGCGGAGCUGCUGUCACCUCCUACAUCAUUGAGGCCUUUAGUCAAUCAGCAGGCAGCACAUGGCAGACUGUAGCAGACAUGGUGAAGAUGGAAACACACACCAUCACAGGCCUUCUCCCCAACACCGUCUACCUGUUCAUCGUCCGAGCGGUCAAUGCCUACGGCCUGAGCGACCCCAGCCCCAUCUCUGAGCCGGUCAGGACGCAGGACGUCAGUCCCACAGGUCAAGGGGUGGACCACCGGCAGGUGCAGCGAGAGCUGGGAGAGGUGGCCGUCCAGCUGCAGGACCCCGUCAUGCUCACUACGACCUCCGUCCGAGUGUCCUGGACAGUGGACCGCCAGUCUCCGUACGUCCAGGGCUACCGGCUGUUCUACCGCCCCAGCGGGGGAACCUGGCUCCUCCAGGACAUCAACUCACCCUCAGAGCGCAGCACCGUCCUCACCGGCAUGCUCAAAGGAACUGAGUACGACAUAAAAAUCCGUCCGUACUUCGACGAAUUCCAGGGCAAGGACAGCCGAACGCUGCUGAUCCGAACUCGAGAAGAAGUCCCCAGUGCGCCGCCCAGGGGAGUUACAGUGGCAACAGCGAAGCUCAACAACAGUUCCAGCAUCAGCGUCACCUGGGAGCCUCCACCCAGCGACAUGCAGAACGGCAUCAUCCAGGAGUACCGGGUUUGGUGCGUGGGCAGCGGCGGCGAUAACCAGACGCGCUACUACCUCAACCGGACGGUGGACGGGGCCACGCAGUCCACGGUGCUGAAGGGCCUCGUUCCCGGCGUGCUCUACCAGGUGGAGGUGGCGGCCGUGACGGGCGCUGGCGUCGGCACUCGCAGUCAUCCGGUGUCUGUUCUCAUCAAGCUGCCAGCUGAAGAGCCCACUGCCUCAGGCGGCGGCGGGAGCGGCGAAGAGGGCAGCGUGAGCCUGGCCGAGCAGAUCACCGACGUGGUCAAGCAGCCGGCGUUCAUCGCGGGCAUCGGCGGCGCCUGCUGGGUCAUCCUCAUGGGCUUCAGCCUGUGGAUCUACUGCCGCCGCAAGAAGAGGAAGGAGCUGAGCCACUACACGGCGUCCUUCGCCUACACACCGGCAGUGGGGUUCCCUCAUGCUGAGGCGUCAGGACUCACUGGACGGCCUGGCGUGUUGGGGGGCAACAUGGGCAACUACCCGUGGCUGGCAGACUCCUGGCCCACCACCAACCUGGUCCACAGCAGCAAGGAGGCCGUCAACUGCUGCACGGCCAAUCACAACGCGGCUGAGAGAUACUACAACGAAGCUGGGAUCUCCAACUACCUGAAUCAGACGGAGAAGUGCAGCAUGGGGGGCUCCACGGAGGGUCCCAUCUACAGCACCAUCGACGCCACCAGCGAGGACCUGCACAGCUUCACCUACGGCCAGAACGUCUCCACCACCCCCUACGCCACCACCUCCAUCAUGCCCUUCUCCAGUCAGCCACAGGGGGCAGCGUUUAGUGGGGAGCAGCAGGACGAAGGGCAGUGGAUCCACCAGCCCGGCCCGUCCCAGCCUGCUCAGUACGCGCAGCCGGAUCGCUGCGCUGGUAAGCCCAAGCAGAAGGCCAUGGGGAAGGCGGUGAAGACCCCGUCUCUGACGUGGAUGGAGGCUUUGCCCCCGCCUCCACCAGUUGGCGAGCUGGACCAGUGUGAGCUGGACGGCCAGCUCCAGCAUGACGCCAUGGACAUGGGGUCGGACGAGGAGUGGUGCCCGCCCCUUCCUGAGAGGACGUACCUGAUGGAAGGCUGCGAGGACGGCCCCGCUCCCCCUCAGAGGACCGUCACGUCCUCGCCAGCCACCUCCUACAGCCACCAGUCCACCGCGACCCUGACUCCUUCACCCCACGAGGAAGCCAGAGCCCCCGCUGACCAGCAGCUGGCACGCAGAAGGUUACCCUGCGGUCCAGUUCCAGUUCCCCAGGCACCAAGCCCGCCACUCACCCAGUCCAACCCCAGCCUCUGCGGCCAACAGCUUCUCGGCUCAACAGAGGCUGGCACGCUGCACUUCCAAAGUCCCGCCCACUGCUGCCUUCACGGCCAGGCGCCGACAGUGAAUGAGGACGGCGCAACUACGCCUGUGCACAGCCGCUCCUCUCCAGCAGAAACCUGCACUCCUCCCAACCAAAAGUCCAGAGUGAAGAAAAAGGCGUCCAAGACCUCAGCGUACAGAAGAGACAUUCAAGGAGACCUCCCGCCACCUCCGGAGCCCCCCCCAGAGGAGGACAGGCUUCAGGGCCCCCAGGGCUGUGUGGAGACCAGCAGCUUGGCAAACAGCGCCCUGUCCUCCCUGGAGAGGAGCGAGUACAGCAGCAACAGCCACCAGCGGAAAGGCUCGGGACACAAACACGCAGACAAUGAGGAAGUGGUGGUGUACAGCAGUAAGAGCGGCUACCUCUCCAGGAGUCAGAUGUCGGGUAACUGCUCGACCACGGGCAGCUCCUCUUCCAGAGGCUCCACCGGCUCUCGGGGCCUCAGCUCAGCCAGGAAACACAACGAGGUAGAAAACAUCAGAUCUCUGCUCGACUUGUAAACAACACAAACGUAAAUCAAAAAUAAAAACAGUGUUACACUCGUACACACACGCACACACUCUUGGGUUCGCAGAUCUUGCAUUACUUUCUACUCACUAAGCUUUACAGUAGGAAACGAUUAAGUGCACACGCCCACCACUCCAUUUGGAGUGCUCUUCAGAGGGCACACUUCUCCGUGGGAGCGCUCCUUCAAAUGCACCCCCUGCGGGCGCUCCGGUGACGAGACGGUGUCUUUUAUGGCGGAGGAAGCUGCGCCAGUGGAAUGGAAAGCUCUGCAGGGACUCUGAGCUGCACAGACAAUACUUACUGUGUCAGACGUGACAGUAGGUAGAUGGUGAAAGCCGGUCUGGCUACAGCUUAAUCCACAACAUUACGAGGCUUAAUCGUCUCUGAAAUUCAAUUUCUACGUCUUCAUUCAAGAAUAGGAACAAAGAGAAAAAGAAAGGAAAUAAAACUCUUUUGUCAUUGAUUAUUAUUUUACCCAAUGUACUAUAUGCAAAUAAAAAACAUGAACAUUUGCUAUUUUAUUCAUUUUUUUUUUGUUGCCAUUUUAAAAAUAAAAAAGGUUGUAUCCUAAAAUUUGGAACAUAUCUGUGGUUUCAUUUUUAUAGCACUUCCUUCUCCUCGCUGCAUCGUUGUGCUUUAUUUGUUCUUUUUGAAGCUGUAACCCAAGGUGUCACAGUACGGUUUUGUGCAGGUCUAAAACCCCUGACCCCUGACAGUGUAGUCUGUCAGGGGUCAGGCGAACAGACAAAGCUGACCUGUAAAAGUGGCAACCAUGACCACACAUACAGAGCUAUCCUGUAUCUUUUUCUACCCAUCAACAGGGCAGCAGGGACCACCCCCACCCGACCCCCCAGAUGCUCCCGGACGACCCUCUCUGGGCUUUUUACACCUUCCCAUGGACAUGAAAGCAUGUCCCUGCCCCCCGCAACGUUUGAGUUGUUUGUGCAAGAAGCCUGGAUUAGGCUCCUUCUUCCUCGUGAGGGGUGGGGGUGUCUGACUGCUUUCUGAUGCCCUUUAACCUUUAAGGUCAGUCUAGGACCAACAUAGAUGGUCCUAGAUGGGGCAGAUGGAACAUUUUCUAUUAAAAUGUUAAUGAAAUAAUGUAGCAUUUUCUCCAGUUCCUGACUUGCAUUUUUUUCCCGUUUCACACAACCCAUUUUUUUAACAUCAAUAAUGCCGAUAAUUAUUUCAAAGCACAUGUUCCGAAGAAAAUUCAGGGAAAGAGUCAGACAAUCUUACAAAAUUCGAAAAACAUGUAUUUUCCACUGAAAUAUACUCCAGAAUAUAGCGAUGGUAACACUUUGUUUAAAAAAAAAUCGCUGUUAGAAUUUUUUGACAGAUUUAGGAAAUAUACUAACAUUGACAAUGCUAACUAAAAUUAGCUGACACUAGCUUUUAUCACAAGAGAUGAAUAAACGCUAACUUUAACGCAACAAAAUUAAUCAUAACAGGCUUUUUCAAAGCUUUUAAAAUCGGAAUUUUGACAUUUCUGACACAGACUUUUUUGUGUGACAUGUAACACAACAGAGCUCAACAAACUAUAUUGUUUUAGAUUUCUGUCGCAGAAAAUGUAGCUGUUUGUUAGCAACCAAGAAAAGGACGUUUUUAGGAUGCCGUAUCAGCAUUGAGACGUCCGGUGGGUUCAGAUCGGGAUGGUACCGGUCUGUUAGGUCUCCGCGUUGUUACCUGACACACAUUUUUCCUGACCUCUUUCUCACAGUACAAAUUUCCAGAUAAAAACAUUACUUUUGAAUCCAGACAUGGGAACAAAUGUCUUUUCUAAAGAGCCACAAGUCUGAAAUCUGGCACUAAUCAUCCAUUCUGACAUUUAAAUUUUGAAUUUAAAUGGCAGAGUUAGACGCCUCCCUGAUAACUCUUUAUGUUAAUUUUGUGAAGUACUAAAACGCAACCAAUUUUAAGAUGUUUUUUUUUUUUUUACUAAAAAUAAAACCACAAAGAAUAGAUCCUUAGCAAUACACUUUUAUGUAUAUUUAUUUAAAGCGAAUGAAUUGUUUUUCUUAAUUUAAAUGUCAGGGAGCAUUUUUAAAAUCUUUGCAUAAAGUGAAAGAAAAGAGAAAUGAGCCCGUAAGUGGAGCACUCAGCAGCAUACCUGGCUGAUCAAGAUGAAGCGAUGAAGCUUUACAUCGCCCGUAAAAAAAAAAAAAAAAAAAAAAAAAUAAUUAAAAAAAAACAUUGUAUGUUUUUA